GCAUGGUAAUGGACGAGCAAAGCUGGUAAUGCUUUGACCAACGUUGCAUGACGUUUUGCUGACCACUUUCUCCCCGCAUCUAGAUCGACAUUCAUCUCACUUUGCCCAUGAGAUUUGAGCUAGCUAGCUGACCAGAAAAGCUGGGCUUGCUUGAACUGAGGUGAUGCUCUAUUAGUAUAAUAGCAAGCGCACUUUCUCAGAUUUCAGGGGGGUUUUGGACGAAGCUUGUCAGAACGUGUCCAUGAGAGCAAGCAUUGCAUUGCCCUUGCCAAUUUGCGCUUGCAGCAGAGCAACAGAGUCCCAGGACUCGGAGCGAUAUAAUUUUCAGUGCAACCUUCUUGCUUUGAUCUAGCAUUUCUGCAAUUCUCAGCUCAACUUUUAAGCCACCUACUGGCUUUGACAGUUCUGAUUCUGCUGCGACACCGCAAUGAUCAAUACAAUAUUGGUCACGAACCGCUCAGGGAACGUACUUCUUGAAAGGUUCUAUGGUAUUCCUGGUGAGGAGCGCAGUACAUGGAGAGCGUUCCUGCUGAAACUUGGAGCUGAGAACCUGGAAGAUACAACGGACGAGGAGGAACUAGUUGCGGCACAUAGGACUGUUUUUGUUGUUUAUGGAUCCUUUGGUGACCUGAACAUCUACAUGGUGGGCGGAGAUGAAUACGACGAGUUGGGAUUGAGCGAAGUUCUGCGGGCCGUCGUUAUCACCCUAAAAGACGCCUGCAACGGAAAGCUUUCAGAAGGGUCCCUACUCACGAAGUACGGAACAGCCUGCCUGUACAUAGACGAGAUCAUUUCUCAGGGCACGUUGGAGCAUGUUGAUAAAGACCGAAUAAAGAGGUCAUCUAAAAUGAAACCGGUGGGUGAUAGCUAGCAGGCCAAGUUAGCAGAAGGCGCCUUUGACAGCCGAACGCUUCUGGACAUACCUGAAUCUGGCCCCUUGCAAAACACUCCUUCCUUCAGGAAGACUCUGCUUGAUGCGCAGGUGCACUUCCUGCGGAAAUCAUUUCGGUGCGUCGCUUGACGUGAGCUUGAUAGAUUCUUCAAUACGCCGCAUAGCCAUGCAGACCUUGAUGCGUGGGUAGGGGGCUCACGCAAUAAGUGGUUCUAGCAUCUGAUUCAUUUUCACUUCUUA